AUGGGUAAACCACAAAAAAACACCGCAUCCACGGCAACACCAACUCCUAAACGCACGCGUUCGGAGAGCUCAACCCGCACAUCCACCUCUCCAGAGAAAAGCUUCACUGAUGUCCUGGGCUCUAUAGACAAGAAGCUAACCAGCUUAGAUGCCCGGCUGGCCCUGGUGGAGGUUCUCCACAAGGAGUUCCAAGCACUGAGGGAGUCUCUGGAGUUCAGCCAAGCUCAGGUGGUGUCGCUCGCUGCAGAGAACCAAACUCUGAGGGGUAACGUUAAAGAACUCACCGAGAAGAUGUCGCAGCUGUCCGGAGAUAACAGGAAAAUGAAGGAGUCCACCCUGGAUAUUCAAGCUCGGAGCAUGCGGGACAAUCUUGCUCCCUAUGUGGAUGUGAUAUGUGUCAACAGUUACUUCUCCUGGUACCAUGAUCCAGGUCACCUGGAGGUCAUCCCCAUCCAGCUCAACACUCAAUUUGAGAACUGGCACAGAACAUACCAGAAACCCAUCAUCCAGAGUGAAUAUGGAGCAGAUUCAGUACCUGGGGUUCACAAUGAUCCACCCAUGAUGUUCACUGAGGAGUACCAGAAGCUAGUCCUGCAAAGUUACCAUGACAUCUUUGAUCAGAAAAGGAAGCAGUUUGUUAUUGGAGAACUCAUCUGGAACUUUGCUGACUUCAUGACUUCACAAGGAGUCACUCGAGUGGUGGGGAACAAGAAGGGGAUCUUCACUCGUCAAAGGCAACCUAAAGCAGCAGCCUUCAUCCUGAAGGAGAGGUACUGGAGACUGGCGAACGAAACGGGCAAACUGCCUCUUUGGACCAAGUACCCGUGCCCACUCUGACCUGACGUAUCCUCAGACCAGGACGGGUUCAGCUUCAUGUAAACUCGGUGCCUUGAGAGGUCGAACCUCAGAUCAGAUCUGUGUUUGGACUCAGUCUUUUAGUUUUAAAUACUUUUAAUAU